UGCCACCCCUGUGAGCGCCGACCAGUUCUUGCAACCUUCCGAAGAUGGAGAAGAGCACGUCUUAGGUCUCGCGUGAACGUGGAUACUCUGUUCUUUUCUAGGUGUAGAAUUGCACGACCGCCUUUAUAUUGCUACGCUUCUCGGAGUUAACGUUCAGUUUUCAGUAUUUUAUCGUUUGUUUUAUUUCUCUUUUUUCACAGCCUCUGCGGAGUUGCAGCUCGAAUGUUAAUCGUAGUGCUAUGCACAUCCGGGCCACAAUGCCGUGACUCCAUUACUCCUCAUUCACUGUAAAACUAAGGAGUCGGGUUAAAGGGUGGUAUAUUUUUAUGAAGCUUUAUGUUUUGUAAAUAUUUUUUAUAAAUUUGCGUCAAGCUGGAACACAAAGGGACAUGUCUAAUCAAGGGGUGAGGAGAAAUGGCCCAGUGAAACUGCGGUUGACAGUCCUGUGUGCGAAGAACCUGUCAAAGAAAGACUUCUUCCGCCUACCUGACCCGUUCGCCAAGGUCGUCGUUGACGGAUCCGGGCAAUGCCACUCAACAGACACCGUCAGGAACACGCUUGACCCCAAGUGGAACCAGCAUUACGACCUGUAUAUCGGGAAAUCGGACUCCAUCACCAUCAGUGUGUGGAACCAUAAGAAGAUCCAUAAGAAGCAGGGCGCAGGUUUCCUGGGAUGCGUGAGACUCCUGUCCAACGCCAUCAACCGCCUCAAAGACACUGGUUAUCACAGACUUGACCUCAACAAGCUGGGCCCCAAUGACAAUGAAACUGUGAGGGGCCAGAUUGUGGUGAGCCUGCAGUCUCGUGACCGCAUCGGCACUGGAGGGCCCGUGGUGGACUGCAGCCGGCUGUUCGACAACGACUUACCUGACGGCUGGGAGGAGAGGAGAACCGUGUCUGGCCGGAUCCAGUACCUCAACCACAUCACGCGCACCACUCAGUGGGAGAGACCCACCAGGCCUGCGUCGGAAUACUCUAGCCCCGGCCGGCCCAGCAGCUGCCUGGUGGACGAGAACACGCCCGUCCUGGAAACGAAUGGCGCGUCGAGCGGGCAGCAACUGCCGGGCGACCCUCGUGCGCAGGAGCGCCGCGUUCGCUCCCAGAGGCACCGCAACUACAUGAGCCGCACCCACCUGCACUCCACCCCCGACCUGCCCGAGGGCUACGAGCAGAGGACCACACAGCAGGGCCAGGUCUAUUUCCUCCACACGCAGACUGGCGUCAGCACGUGGCAUGACCCCAGAGUACCCAGGGACCUGAGCAAUGUGAACUGUGAGGAGCUGGGUCCUCUGCCGCCGGGCUGGGAGAUUCGCAACACCGCCACGGGCCGCGUCUACUUCGUGGACCACAACAACCGCACCACGCAGUUCACCGACCCACGCCUCUCCGCCAACCUCCACCUGGUCCUCAAUCCAAGCCCCAAUGGUUCACGUGUUGGGAUGGAGAGCCAGAACUCUAACCUCAGGGCCUCCGACGACUGCAGGCUGCAGGGCUCAGCCCUCACGUCAGACGAGAAGGGAAACCCUCGCCCGCCCCAGCUGAAGGAGCAGGCGCCUCCGCAGCAGGUGCUGUCCCCGGCGACUCUGCCCGAGGACCCCGAGUGCCUGACGGUGCCCAAGUACAAGCGGGACCUGGUGCAGAAGCUCAAGAUCCUGCGGCAGGAGCUCUCGCAGCAGCAGCCCCAGGCCGGACACUGCCGCAUCGAGGUGUCCCGCGAGGAGAUCUUUGAGGAGUCGUACCGGCAGGUGAUGAAGAUGAGGCCGAAGGACCUGUGGAAGAGACUGAUGGUGAAGUUCAGAGGAGAGGAGGGGCUGGACUACGGCGGGGUGGCCAGGGAGUGGUUGUAUCUUUUAUCUCAUGAGAUGCUGAACCCAUACUAUGGCCUGUUCCAGUACUCCAGAGAUGACAUCUACACGCUGCAGAUCAACCCUGACUCGGCUGUCAACCCAGAGCACCUGUCCUACUUCCACUUUGUGGGGCGGAUCAUGGGCAUGGCGGUGUUCCACGGCCACUACAUCGACGGCGGCUUCACGCUGCCCUUCUACAAGCAGCUGCUGGGCAAGCCUAUCACCCUGGACGACAUGGAGUCCGUGGACCCCGACCUGCACAAGAGCCUCGUCUGGAUCCUGGACAAUGACAUCACGGGCGUACUGGACCACACCUUCUGCGUGGAGCACAACGCCUACGGCGAGAUCAUCCAGCACGAGCUCAAGCCCAACGGCAAGAGCGUCCCCGUCACCGAGGAUACCAAGAAGGAGUACGUCAGGCUGUACGUCAACUGGAGAUUCCUGCACGGCAUUGAGGCUCAGUUCCUGGCAUUACAGAAGGGCUUCAACGAGGUCAUUCCACAGCACCUGCUCAAGGCCUUUGAUGAGAAAGAGCUGGAGCUGAUUGUGUGUGGUCUGGGGAAGAUCGACAUCAACGACUGGAAGUCGCACACGCGGCUCAAGCACUGCACACCGGACAGCAACGUGGUCAAGUGGUUCUGGAAGGCCGUGGAGUCGUUUGACGAGGAGCGACGCGCGCGCCUGCUGCAGUUUGUCACCGGCUCCUCCAGAGUGCCUCUGCAGGGCUUCAAGGCACUACAAGGGGCUGCAGGACCAAGGCAGUUCACCAUCCAUCAGAUUGAUGCGAACACCAACAACCUGCCCAAGGCCCAUACCUGCUUCAACCGCAUCGACAUUCCCCCGUACGAGCACUAUGACAAGCUGUACGACAAGCUGCUGACGGCCAUCGAGGAGACGUGCGGCUUCGCCGUGGAGUGACGGAGCGGGCAGACGAGAGCGACACACACAAACAGGCAGACAGACAGACCGAUGGACAGGCAGGGCGAGGCGGCGGUGGUGGAGGAGAGAGAUGGACAGAGAGGGCAGUCUGGUUCUCGGAGUGACCCCUUCCACAGAGCCAGCAGCCCCCUCAGCCAUCCCCCGGAACAGCUGCCCCCGCCGGGAGCCUCUCCCGCAGCAGUGGCCACCUCCCAGACGAGAGGACCGGCAGGCUCGCCACACAAGAACACUCUCGCCUAUUCACCCACCUGUUUUUAUCUUUUAUUAUUAUUUUUAUUUUUAUUAGUUUUGUUUUGUUUUGUUUUGUUUGUGUGUGAAUGGGAGUGUUUGCUCUGUUCUUCCUAUAUUUAGAUGAUGUUUUCUGUUGAUUUUAUUUUUAUUUUUAAAUGUCUUAGCUGCUAAGGACUUGAUUUUAUUUCUGAACCUUGAAAACCUGCAAGAAUCACAUUUUCUUUUUGUACGCUUUUUUUCUGUUGGUUUUGUCUUUGGUCUGUGCUGGAUAAUUGAAAUAUUUUAGUGGGAAUAUUUUUAAGGGAAAGCACCGUUACAUAUAUAUAUAUAUAUAUAAAUGUAUUUGUUUUAUUUUGGUUGUUGUCUUAGGGAGACAAUAUCUAAAACCGCCUCUAAAUCUAUACCUAUAUGCCCAGGUCUUGCGUCUGUGUGUGAGAAUAGAUCUUUGAGUCUUACAAGAAAUCAAGGUGGGAAAAGACACACACACACACACACACACACACACACACACACACACACACACACACACACACACACACACACACACACACACACACACACACUCACACACACAUAUAUAUAUGUAAUUUUAGCCAGUCUUGGACUACAUGUGAACUCGGUGAUUAGUCCCUCCUGCUGAUUGCAGGGUUGCCCAGACAGGUCCUCAGAUAAGCCUGGUUCUCGUAAGCCGUGUGUGUGUGUGUGUGCGCGCGCUCAGUGCACUGCGGUUGUCCUUGCUCACACACCACGUGCCCUGGCCGGGGAGGUGAACAUGACCUCAUGGGGCAUUAUCAGUGUCACCACCGGCCUCUACAACAGUCCAGCUGAGGACCAGAUGAUGUCAUAUCCUCUGCACACAUCAUAUACAUGCAUGCACACACACACACACAUAUGUAUACACACACACACAUAUGUAUACACACACAUACAUAUGUAUACACAUACAUAUACAGACACACAUGGAAAAGUUUGCUGUGUCCAAGAGAGGCCAGAAGAGCCAUACUGCCGUCAUUCUUGCCCAAAGAAAACAUGAUACAUCAUGUAUCUAAUCUCAAAAGUCCUACUGAGAUCUGCCAAUUCUUGCAUAGGAGGAAAUAAUAUUUUAAUUUUUUUUUUUUUUUUUCAGUUGUUUUAUGCCAUUAUAGAUCAUGUAGUAUCCAACGUGUGUGUGUGUUUAGUGGGAGUGUAGAGUGAAGGUUGAGAGAGGUUUGAAGCCCUAACUCAGCUCACUCCUUCUGGACCGCUGAAAAUGACGCCGAGCAGCAGCACGGCCAUCGUGGUGUCCAGAUGAGCGUAGCCAAGUGACCCCCAGAACAAUGAAUCGAGAGUCGGAGAUCCGCAUGCUGGAUCUUAAAGUUUAGGGCUGUAGGCUCUGAGGGCUUAAGACCGCCGCAUAGUCAACAAAUGUAGCUGCUAUCCAACGAAGUUGUCGAGACCUUGCCAUCGAGGUUUGACAGUGAUGCUUCUCUUCUGGAUUUGUGGGAUUGGAGUGGUCCUGGGCUUCAGGCACAGUAUGGGGGUUUAGGCCGCCAUCUUGGCCGUCUUGUACUUAGCUUGUGUGUUGUGAUAGCAUGUUGUCUCUCCAAAGGGUCUGGAUGUUGCGAGCGAGAAUGUGUAUUGCAAAGGUAUAUGAGCCCGUAUGAGCUGUGGUGGAUGGCCCUAAGUGGUCUGUCCAGAUGAAAUGUAAAAUGGAGUGAAAUUAGAUGUGCGUUUUCUUCCACCCCCUUGUAGCCCCUCAUCAAAGUGUGUGUGUGUUUUUGUGGAUGUUUGUGGAUGAGUGUGUGUGUGUUUGUGGAUGAGUGUGUGUUUGUGGAUGUGUGUGUAUGUUUGUGGAUGAGUGUGUGUGUUUGUGGAUGAGUGUUUGUGGAUGUGUGUGUGUGUGUUUGUGGAUGAGUGUGACCACUUUUUUGUGCUAGCUAGCCAGACUGUUGCUGAAGGUCCCUGCCGGAAGGUUCGCCCCAACUAUGCAGAGAUAAACCACACUCAAGGGAGGGGCUUCUGACCAGCUUUAGGAAAUGAUCAGUCUCCCGCCCCGUUAAAACAAAACGAAAAAGCCUCUUCUCUUUAAAACGAAUGGGAUUAUUUUGUUCUAUGUGACAUCCCAGUUUAAAGGGCAGAAAUGUGUGUUGUUUUUUUGUUCGAUUGUUUGUUUGUUUUUUCCUUGCAACUCUUGAGCACUUUAGAAACUUGGCAGACAGGAGAUGCGCAUAUUCAUUCAAAAUACGACCUGAUGCCGGAAUUUAUCCCUGUCAUCUUGCAUUGGAAAUAUACUUGGAUAUAUAUCUAUGUCUAUAUAUAUACCUGUCAUUUAGAGUAUAUAUGUACAAAUACAUAUAUAUUUUGUAUAUGGCUUGUCUAUUCUGUCUUAGUAUAUUACACAGACCUCACGCUACAUACUCAGGUGAUGGCUUUUAGAGAUAUUUUUGAUUUCUUGCUUGUGUGAAGCUUGUUUGUAAUGACAGUAGAAUGAGUCCUCAGCUCUGGUUGCAUGUCUUCCUUGGUGUGUGAAGGGAAUUGGCCAGUCUGUCCUGUGACAAUGCCCUCCCUAUAGAGAACGCAUGGACAACUCAGCCUGGUUUCUAAGCUCACGGAGGACUGAAUUUCUUUCUCUUUUUUUUCUUCUUUUUGUGUUGUUGCCCCAUCUCCUUAAACUCCUCAUGGCAUCUAAACAGGUUUGGACUCUUAAGUGAAAAAGCCCUGCUCUGCCCCAGUGUGUUGGAUGAGACUGAACCCCAUAUUCACGCAACUUCAUGGGCUUCCGAGACGAGUACGCCAGGCCAACAGGUCCGACAUUCAGCCCCCCAAAACCACACGUGUUCUGAAGUCGGAUCCCUCCGCUCAUGAGAGUCCCGCACAUGCAUGUAUAGGGACGUUUUGUACCUGCUUUUAUUUAUUUGCAUUCUCAUUUCUCUGCAGCGCCCCCUUUGGUUUGUUAUUUUGUAACUGCCUGUCUAUAGCAAUCAAUGACCAUGGACUGUUCUUGAUAUUUGCAUUGCAAGGAAGAGAAGAGCCCAAUUUUCCCCUCUUGCCUUCCUAGAGUUCAGCUAUAGCCUCUUGAUCAUGCAAAUUGAGUUAUCAUGAAAUGGUGCUUUGUACAGUAUACAUUAUUGUUCAUAUGCAGAUCCAGACUUACUUUUAAUUUAUCUUAAAAGAAGAAAAAUGCAAAAAAAGCGAGAAAAAAAACAUCCUAUAUACAUACAUGUUUUGCACACAGAGACUUAAGUUGCUCAGCAAUAAGGGGCAACUUCGAUAUUUACUGACUUUUGUAUAGUUACUAUAACACAUUAACAUGUCCAAUACACACAUACAGCUUUUGUGCUUUUAACAGUUAGCCGUAAUCAUAAGUCUUCAUUGUGCAUCAUCGCCGAUUGGGUGAUUUUGUUGCGUAUCAAAAGUCAGUUUUUGGGUAAUGCAAAUGCGUCCUCUGUAGCAUGGCAAAUGUAUCUGUUAUCUAAUGGCUAACUGGUGCAGUUAGCUAGAAUUGCAACACACUAUGAGUCUUUUUUUUAUUUUAUUGUUUUUGAAUGUUUGUUGUGUGAUACGUUGGUUUUUGCUGCGCUUAUGUAAAUGUGUUCUGGACUCGUUUUUAAGUGACAAAACCCUUCCAUGUCAAGCCAUCUGAAUCUUUUUUUUUUUUUUUUUUGUAUUUUAAUCAUUUUGGUUUCCAUUGGACUCAUUUUGUAUUUAUUACUACAGUAUGUCAGUCUCACGUGGCUGUUUUGUAUGCUUUCUCUCUCUCUCACACACACACACUUGUACAUAAAGUCCCAUUGAGGAGAACCAGUCUCCUGUAGCCCUGCAGAGAUGAGCAAUAAAGUCCAUGCUGUUCGCAACUGGCAGCAAACCUGUUUAAUAAACA